AUGGCACGCUACUGCUGUUUAAUAACACAUAAUACUCUCACACCCUUCAGCAACAAAGGAGUCCAAAAGCAGCUGAAAUCCACUCUGAAGAAGAGGUUUGAGUGCAUAUUUGAAGGGGUUGCAACAUCAGGGAGACAUACCCUCCUCAACAUUAUUUACACAGAGCUCUACAUCAUAGAGGGGGACAGUGAGGGAAUCAAUAAUGAACACGAAGUAUGGCAGGUUGAGACAGCAUCCAGGAAACAGACCACAAAAUACACUGCAAUCAACUGCAAUGACAUAUUUAAACCCUUACCUGGAAAAGAGAAUCCCAUCAGAACUGUGCUGACGAAGGGGAUCGCUGGCAUUGGAAAAACAGUCUCUGUGCAGAAGUUCAUUCUCGACUGGGCAGAAGGAAAAGCCAAUCAGGAUGUUCGUUUCAUGUUUGUUCUUCCUUUUCGGGAGCUGAACUUGAUUAAUGAUGAACAAUACAGUCUGCUUGGGCUUCUGCAUGUCUUCCACCCUGAAACAAGAGGGAUUGAAAACAUUGAGUCUGAUGUUGACAAAGUUUUGUUCAUCUUUGAUGGUCUGGAUGAAAGCAGAUUUCCCUUUAAUUUCCAACACAACAAGGUAUUGUCUGAUGUAACAGAGACAUCCUCAGUGGACGUGCUGCUGACAAACCUCAUUAAGGGGAAUCUGCUUCCCUCUGCUCUCCUCUGGAUCACCUCCCGGCCAGCAGCAGCCAAUCAGAUCCCUCCCGAAUACAUCCACCGUGUGACAGAGAUACAAGGUUUCAAUGACUCACAGAAGGAGGAAUACUUCAGGAAGAGAUUGAAUGAUGAGAACCAGGCCAGCAGAAUUAUCUCUCACAUGAAAUCAUGCAGGAGUCUCUACAUCAUGUGUCACAUACCAGUCUUCUGUUGGAUUUCUUCAACCGUUCUGGAGAGACUGUUUGGUGAAGCUGACUGUGGAGAAAUCCCUACAACUCUGACUGGAAUGUAUACACACUUCCUGCUCAUUCAGUCCAACAUCAAGAAUCAGAAAUAUCAGGGAAUAAAUGAGACAGAUCCACAGAAGCUUCUGGGGCUGGAUAAAGACAUGAUUCUGAAACUGGGGCAGCUGGCUUUUCAACACCUGGAAAAUGGCACAUUCUAUGAAGAUGACCUGAGAAAGUGUGGCAUUGAUGUCACCGAAGCGUCAGUGUACUCUGGGGUGUGCACCGAAAUCUUUAAAGAGGAGUCUGUGCUGUAUCAGAAGAAAGUGUACUGCUUUGUUCAUCUGAGCAUCCAGGAGUAUCUGGCUGCUUUGUCUGUGUUUCACUCAUAUGCAAGCAAGAAUGUAAAGGCAUUGAAGUCAAUUUUUGGUCAAAAUUCUGAAGUCACUGAAUUGUAUCAUUUGCAUGAGAGAGCUGUUCAGCAGGCCUUGGAGAGUAAGAAUGGGCACCUGGACCUUUUCCUGCGAUUCCUUCUUGGCCUCUCACUGGAUUCCAAUCAGAACCUUCUCAAAGGCCUUCUGAAACAGACAGGAAGUAACUCGGAGAGCAUCAAGAAAACCAUCAAGUACAUCAAGGAGAUGAAGAGGGAUGAUGCUUCUCCAGAGAGGUGCAUCAAUCUGCUCCACUGUCUGGCUGAACUGAACGAUCAUUCACUUAUGAAGGAGGUUCAAAAGUUCCUGAGCUCAGGAAGUCGUUCUGGUGAAUGGAUCUCACCUGUGCACUGCUCUGCCCUGGCCUAUAUGCUCCUGAUGUCAGAGGAGGUGCUGGAUGAAUUUGACCUGAGGAAAUACAACACCUCAGACGAGGGGCGCAGGAGACUGGUUCCAGCUGUGAGGUGCUGCAGAAAGGCUCUGUGA